GCGUGGCGGGAGCAGGCCGUCCCCCCACUGGCUGCUGCGCGCGGGGCAGCCCCAGUUCAGUGCACUGUGGCGGCGGGGGUGGCGGGAGCAGCUGGCGCCGUGCGGUCCACUUCGGCACUGGGACUCACCGGAGGGCAGACGGCUGCUGGAACAGAAGAGAUCCAAGGAGGGCGGGCUGAGAGCCGAGGCCGGGGCUGCGCGUGGUGAGCUGGGCUCUAGCGAUCGCCAGACUGCGGAGCGGCGCCCCCCACCGGCGCCGGAGCCGGGCGUGGAGCGGGGUGCAGCAUGCCCGCGCGCGCGGCUUGAGGACACCGCGGCCCCCUCUCCAGCCAUGGUAGUCUCGGCCUGCGUGCUAGCGUUCUGCUUUGCGGUCGUGGCCGGAGCUACCUCUGAGCCACCUGGCCCAGAGCAGCGAGUUGUGCGGAGAACAGCAGAGGUUCCGGGGCCUGAGCCUAGCCAGCAGGAGCAGGUGGCCUUUGGUAGUGGGGACACCGUGGAGCUAAGCUGCCAUCCACCCGGAGGUGCCCCCCUAGGUCCCACUGUCUGGGCUAAGGAUGGCACAGGACUGGUGGCCUCCCACCGCAUUCUAGUGGGUCCCCAGAGGCUCCAAGUACUGAAUGCCUCCCACGAGGACGCGGGCGUCUACAGCUGCCAGCAGCGGCUCACUCAGCGUGUGCUGUGCCACUUCAGUGUGCGUGUGACAGAUGCUCCAUCCUCGGGAGAUGACGAAGAUGAGGAGGAUGUGGCUGAAGACACAGGGGCUCCUUAUUGGACUCGGCCAGAGCGUAUGGAUAAGAAACUGUUGGCUGUGCCAGCUGCAAACACUGUACGCUUCCGCUGCCCAGCUGCUGGCAACCCUACCCCCUCCAUCUCCUGGCUGAAAAAUGGCAAGGGAUUCCAAGGGGAGCAUCGCAUAGGGGGCAUCAAGCUUCGGCACCAGCAGUGGAGCCUGGUCAUGGAGAGUGUGGUGCCCUCUGAUCGUGGCAACUAUACCUGCGUGGUGGAGAACAAGUUUGGCAGCAUCCGGCAGACCUAUACCUUAGAUGUGCUGGAGCGUUCCCCGCACCGGCCCAUCUUGCAGGCUGGGCUGCCAGCCAACCAGACAGCCGUGCUGGGCAGUGACGUGGAGUUCCACUGCAAGGUGUACAGCGAUGCACAGCCACACAUCCAGUGGCUGAAGCACGUGGAAGUGAAUGGCAGCAAGGUGGGCCCUGAUGGCACACCGUACGUCACUGUACUCAAGACUGCAGGCGCUAACACCACCGACCAGGAGCUAGAGGUUCUGUCCUUGCACAAUGUCACCUUUGAGGAUGCGGGAGAGUACACCUGCCUGGCGGGCAAUUCUAUUGGGUUUUCCCAUCACUCUGCGUGGCUGGUGGUGCUGCCAGCUGAGGAGGAGCUGAUGGAAGCUGAUGAGGCUGGCAGCGUGUAUGCAGGCAUCCUCAGCUAUGGGGUGGGCUUCUUCCUCUUCAUCCUGGUGGUGGCAGCCGUGACACUUUGCCGCCUUCGCAGUCCCCCAAAGAAGGGCCUGGGCUCACCCACCGUGCACAAGGUCUCUCGCUUCCCGCUUAAGCGACAGCAGGUAUCCUUGGAGUCUAACUCCUCGAUGAACUCCAACACACCCCUGGUCCGCAUUGCCCGGCUGUCCUCAGGAGAAGGUCCUGUUCUGGCCAAUGUUUCUGAACUCGAGCUGCCUGCUGACCCCAAGUGGGAGCUAUCCAGGACCCGGCUGACACUCGGUAAGCCUCUUGGAGAAGGCUGCUUCGGCCAGGUUGUCAUGGCAGAAGCUAUUGGCAUUGACAAGGACCGCACUGCCAAGCCUGUCACUGUGGCUGUGAAGAUGCUGAAAGAUGAUGCCACUGACAAGGACCUGUCGGACCUGGUGUCUGAGAUGGAGAUGAUGAAAAUGAUUGGCAAGCACAAGAACAUCAUCAACCUGCUGGGGGCCUGCACACAGGGUGGGCCCCUGUAUGUGCUGGUGGAGUAUGCAGCCAAGGGCAACCUACGAGAGUUCCUGCGGGCACGGCGGCCUCCAGGCAUGGACUACUCCUUCGAUACCUGCAGGCUGCCAGAAGAACAGCUUACUUGCAAGGAUCUAGUGUCUUGUGCCUACCAGGUGGCACGGGGCAUGGAAUACCUGGCUUCCCAGAAGUGCAUUCACAGAGACUUGGCUGCCCGGAACGUACUGGUGACUGAGGACAAUGUGAUGAAGAUUGCAGACUUUGGCCUGGCCCGUGACGUGCACAAUCUAGACUACUACAAGAAGACCACAAAUGGUCGACUACCUGUGAAGUGGAUGGCACCAGAGGCCCUGUUUGACCGAGUCUACACCCACCAGAGUGAUGUCUGGUCCUUUGGGGUCCUUCUCUGGGAGAUCUUUACACUGGGGGGCUCACCGUAUCCUGGCAUCCCAGUGGAAGAGCUUUUCAAGCUAUUGAAAGAGGGCCACCGCAUGGACAAGCCAGCCAACUGCACACAUGACCUGUACAUGAUCAUGCGGGAAUGUUGGCACGCAGUGCCUUCACAGAGGCCCACCUUCAAGCAGCUGGUAGAGGAUUUAGACCGCAUCCUUACUGUGACAUCAACAGAUGAAUAUCUGGACCUAUCAGUGCCUUUUGAGCAGUACUCGCCAGGUGGCCAGGACACUCCUAGCUCCAGCUCCUCGGGGGAUGACUCUGUGUUCACCCAUGACUUGCUGCCCCCAGGUCCACCCAGUAAUGGGGGACCUCGGACAUGAGGGGCCAUCAGUCCUACAGACCAAGCCUCAGCCAAUGUUUACACGGACCCUAGCCGCCCUGCUACUACUGGUGUGCAGUGGACCCCAGCCAGCCCAAUGUGAUGGGCCAACAGUAGACAGGACUUCCUGUGUGUGUAUGUGUGUGUGUGUGUGUGUAUGUCCUUGGCUUCUGGCUGCAGAGGCCCCCUGGGAACAUGCACUGCUGUAUAUGGUCUCCUGACUGGCCAGGGUCAGGAGCACCAAAUGUAGAAUGUAAGAAGGCCCCAGUCUGUGCAACCCUGGGGUUCUGGCUCCCUCAUUCCCCACUGCCACCUCGCAGAGACCAUUGCAAAGAGGGAUCUACUCCAUGUCCUGGGUGGACCUCGGCCUUUCUGGUGCCCAAAGCUGAGCCUGCAGGGAAGCUCUGCCCUAGGUGGCAAGCCUCUCUGCUACAUGGCACCUUGUGCUCGGGGGUGAGUCACAGUUCUCCACCUCCAGGCCUUCCACUUCUCACUCUGCCCCUCAGACUGAAAUUACGGGUACCUGAAGGUGGGAGCCAUAACUUCUAUCAGAAAGGUUUAUUCCAGAAGCAAAUGUACAUUUAUAUAAAUAGAUGUCCUGUAUGAUAUAUAUUAUAUACAUACAUAUAUAUAAAAGAAUAUCUAUAUGGAGGCAGGCAAAGCUGAGGUCCAGAGGAGCAAGAUAACCCAUGGGGCUCAUUGGUGAAAUGUCAAGAGCAAGCUGAGACAAAAUGGGCUUUUCUGGCACCACAGUUCUGUUUGUCCCUGGACCUGUAUAUUUGUAAAGCUAUUUAUCAACCCUUGAAGCCCCAGUCCCCUUCCCAGGUUCAUAGCAUUUAGCCCCAGGGUAUUUGUAUUGAAGAAAUUUUAAGUUGUAACUUAUUAACGGCUGAAGAGGUUUAUGCUGAUUUUAGGGGGUUGCUGAGAAUGUGCAUCUGGCCCACACCAAGGCUGGAGGUGGCCCCUUGGAAGCUUGAGCAGUCCUCAUAGAGGUGACUCCAGUGAGCAUUUUUUAUUUCCUUUGGCCCUCUUUUGUGGGGGAUUAGAUUUAUAUAGGACCUUUCUUUAGGAGAUUUUUUUUUUUUUUAAAUUUCAAGGUGACUGGUAUUUUCAUACAGAUUAUCUAAUUGAUAUGUAUUCCAGGCAGAAGCCUGUGCCCAGGGAGGGGCCAGUCCUGCCUGAAGGGUCAGAUGUUAAUAGAUGUUACACGUUUAUAUCUAUCUAUAUAUAAUUUAUUGAGUCUUUACAUGUUGUAUUUGCUGUAGGCGUAACACUUCCUCUGCAGUGCUUCUACACUUUCAUAGCCUAGACUGCUACCUUUCAAAGCUUGGGAGCAAGAGUUUCAUUAGUUUUGUACUGUAACUGGGCCCGAGGCUUGGGUGGCUGUCCCUUGCCUAUCAGCCAGCAGGGCCAGGACAGUGGCUCAGGGUGACUUUUCUGGGGGCCCAGAACAUAGUCUGUCAGCCCAUACUGACAGAUGUGAUUUUGUUAACAUAGCCAACUUACUUUCCAAAAAAUAAAGUGAGAACUGGUUCUGA